AUGGGCACGAUUCAAUUACCGGCAGUCGCAAUUAUAAGCCAGCAAACGGGCCUGCAGGCAGACCUGCGCACCGCGCUGCGUUUCUCCCAGGACGUACCAGAAAAUGUCAGGAUUCGUUGCGCCGAUGACAUUACCAGGCUGCGCACCGAAGAAAAGCUCUGGAUUGUCCCCGCGACUCCUUGUCGAAUCCGCAUCUCGAUUCAGUUGCUCGGCCGCGUCUCUAGCCAGAUUCUAGACAUGAGAGAAGCGGCGAGCUGGAUUGAACGCUGCGACAUUUGGGAGCGCCUUUGGCUGCGGAACGGGCUGAGUGACGACACUGAAACAUUCCUUAUCAAGGAUGACUCACCUACCGUGUGUAUCGACUACGAUGCGUUGGAAGGAACCCCUCCCUUUGCCGCGGGGGACUUCACAGAAGCUGUCGCCAUCGGCGGCGGAGGAUGGAAACAAAUGUCGGGCAGCACAGACGAUAUGAUUGAGUUUGGCAGCGAUUUCUUCACCAUGGAAGCAUACUUCGAUAUGUAA